AACAUUGCAAAGUUUUAAUGGAAAUGAGCACCUGUUCCAGUAGACUGGGAACACUUUUGCAUACGCAUGACUCAUUAACAUUUGUGUAGGUAAAUAAAGGCAAUGAAGGACGACCUACACAAACUAAAUAUAUAAGAUUUGAACAUACAGAGACACUUCAUGUUGAUCUUCACCUCUGACUGUUGUUACAGACUCAUUUCAUAUUGUUAAGCCAUCAGCAAUGGAAAGACUGAUACAUGUGCUGCUGUUCUCAGUGCUCAGUCUGUUCACUCAGAGUAUCUCAUGUGAAUAUGUUCUGGUACUGGAGAAGAUGACUUGGAAUGAGGCACAGGUUUACUGCAGACAGCAUCACUUUGAUCUGGUCACCGUUCAAAACAAUGAAGACUGGACGAAUGUACAGAGAGAAGUUCAACCAGCAUUGACUUCAGCCGUCUGGAUUGGACUCUACAAUAACAUUUCAAGCUGGCGGUGGUCAUAUCAAAAUGAAGACAUUUCAUUCACCAGAUGGUCUGGAAGUGAACCAAACAACGCUGAUGGAAAAGAGGAAUGUGUCAUUAUAUCAUCUAGUGGAUGGCAUGAUGCAGGCUGCUCUACUGAACGUCGCUUUAUCUGCUUCAUAGAGAAUGAAACACAAGCUGACAGGUUUGUUUUUGUUAAUAUCCCAAUGAGCUGGCAUGAAGCUCAGAGUUACUGCAGACAACAUUACACAGAUCUGGCCGUCAUUCACAUUCAAACUGAGGAUCAAGUGCUGACGCUGAAGAUGUCAAUGACAGACAUUAGUGAAUCAUGGAUUGGUCUGUUCAGAGACUCAUGGAAGUGGUCAGAUGAAAUAAAUGUUGUGGACGUGUCCUCCAUUAACUGGAUGACUGGACAACCUGACUUGAGGAACUUGAACCAACCUUGUGGUGUUAUACGUCCUGAUGGUCUUAUAGAUGAUCAACUGUGUUCAAAUACUUUUCCAUUCAUCUGCAAGACACCACAGACCAAGAAGCAGAUUGUGAGAUUUGAGGUGAAAUCUGGUCAGAAUGUCAAUGAUCCUGCAGUGAUGAAGACCAUCUUACAGUCGAUUCAGCAGAAACUGACAGAUUUGGGCGUACACAAUGACACAACAGUGACCUGGAGAGUGCAGCCUGAUGGAAAUGUUUUCACACCAAAACAUGAAGAUGAAGAUGAAGAUGAAGAGGAACAAAAAGUGUGUUCAGACUUCUGACUGAUCACAACACAGUCGUUGUGUUUUCAUCACUUGAGAGAAACUUUGAAAUAUAUGUUUUAUAGGAUUUGCAAUUACAUGUAAACGUUUAUAAUAACUUCAGUUAGUCUCAUUAUUUUGAUAUCCAGUCAAAUAUAUUUAGUUAUUCUUGAUUGAUCUUAUAAUUCAGCUUUGAAGAUGUGUGUUAUUAAUGAUAUUAUAGUGAUAGUAGCGUGACAAUCUAUUAAACUACAAUCUAAUGAUUACAGAUUAAGACAAUGACAUGUGACAAUGUGAGUUAAAUGUUUAUAUUCUGUGUGUUUAAUCUUGUGUGUUUGUGUUUGGUGAGGUGUGUAGACAGUAGCAGCUGAACAUGUAAUGCUUUUAGAUAAAAACUUUUACAACAUACAGUAGUAGUAUCACAAUAUAUAGUAGUAACAUGUGUGAAGGGUAAAUCAACAUUUGAAAAACUGUUUUGAAUCACUUUGUUGUGUGAGAACAUGAAUAUAAAUUAAAGCUUCUUUAUAAACACUGAAUAGAAAAAAUGAUUAAUGAAAAUAUUUGUGUUGAA